AUGGGUAUUUACAAAAGUUGUGGUGUUCUUAGCGAUGUUAGUGUUCCAGAUCAAUGUAUAAUAGAGCACACAGUCUCUUAUCAAUCUUGUUCAACAAGAGGAACUUAUGUUAGUGUUGACUUGAAUCGAGGAGAGACUGUGUUUAUUUUUGUUGGUGGAGAAACAGCAAAAGAUGUUGGGUUUGUUGCUGUUGACUCAGAAUUCCAAACAGAAGCUCCAGAAUAUGUUCCAGUUGUUUAUACACCAAGAGUUGGCCCAAAAAGAAUUAAAGAACGAAGAACAUUGUGGAUGUUAUGGGCAUUCUGGUGGUUUGUUUAUGCAUUAGUUUGUGUUAUGACAUUUGGUGCAUUAAAAUAUUUUGGAGCUAACGAUGACUUUUUGGGAUAUCAUGAACUUUAA